AUGGACCGCCAAUCUCAGCGCCGGAGAACACUCUCCGCGUCGUCGCCCAAUCCGUCCUCAUCCUUGCGACAUUGUUUAUCUUCCGCUCCGACCGCGACCCUGCAAAAUGACCCAUCUCCCUCCCUGAAACCCCGUUCCAAGCCAAAGACCAAAUCGACCACGCCUCAACCUGCUGCUCUCACCCGGGUCAAGGGCUCCCUUGCCAUGGAUACUCCCUCCCGAUCCAGUGCCGGUACGGUGGAUUGCUGUCUACAUUCUGAUCCCCGUCACAUCAAUAUUGACCUCGCUGCAGCAAUGUCCUGGUCAAACGAGCCGUCGUCCAUGCAUUCGUCGCCGAGAACUGUCCAAACAUACCGAUCAAGAACCCCAGAACCGAACAGCACAACCUCCCUGGUCAACCCUACAUCGUCCCUCCUCCAGGACUUGCUCAAGGAACAACGGGCCACGAGAGGUUCCCGCGGGACCACAUCCGAACAUUCAGAGGACUGCGUCGUACCCCAGACGCCACAACCUUCCCGGUCCCGUUCCCAGUCGCAAUCCAAAUCGCAGUCCCACACCCAGUCCCAGGAUGAUGCCGGCUCCGAGCGGCAGCGGAAAGCUCAGAUGGCGCUGGCCGCCGGGCUGAAGCAUUCUCGAGAAAUGGGAGUCAGAGAAAUGGAUCAAUAUGUCUCCAAAAUCAACAAGCAGAAUUUCGACCUGAAGCUGGAAAUUUUCCACCGCGCGCAGCAAAUGGUCGUCCUGGAGAAGAAGCUCGAGCGGAUGUUGGAAAUGGAGGAAGAGUUGAGUCGGAUGCGCGAUCUGGAAGACGAGCUGCAAGAGCUACGUGCCGCUGAGGAGGACAACCAGCGUCUCCGAGAAUCCAACGAAGAAUUGCGCCAGGAAAUCGAUAAACGCGACCAAGCGGUAACAGAGGCCGUGGACCUAAUCUGCCAGCUGGAAGCUCGUAUCGAAGAGUUGGAAGCAGGCAACGAGUCUUCCCGGCCCUCUACAGCUCGUCCCUCCACAAGCGAUGGUUUGGAUGUCUCGACCCCUCGGACCGGCUCGUUCGACAUCCCCGAACGGACAUCCUCGCGCAAAGGGACCGUGAUUCCCGAACACUACCGCAAGCCAUCCGCGUCGCGCCACCUGAAACGAGCACCGUCCUUCCUCCGCGAGGAACAACAGCAUACGGCCGUCCUUCGAAGCCUCUAUAUCCCUGCAACGGAGCGGCCUCUCCCCGCGCCUAGUAACCUGACAAAAAGUGAAAGCUACAACUCGAUGACUGAAACCAUUGAGCCGGGAUCUCCGCGACUCAGUGCCCUCAGCGAAUGCAGUGAACUGAAUCGCCCGGACAGUCCGACAAGGCAAAAGGCGUUCGACGAACUCAACAUUCCACCGCGCAGGAUAUCAAUCGCAGGAGAAACAGAAUUCUCGUUACCAGAGAAUGAUUCUGUUCGCAUCGAUUGCUGGAUCCAGCCACAGCCCGAUGCCUACGGGCUCGACAUGCCGAGACGGACUAGACCUACGCUGCAAACGCUGAAGGCAGCGGACCAGACCAGCUUUGAGAGUGGCUCGCUCUUUAACAGCUCCAGCCAGAGAACGCACGUCGAUAGUGUGUUUGGGGGUUCAAGACUCCCUCCUACGCCCGAUACGAUGAGCACGGCAUAUGCACCCGGAUCGAACGGUAGUAAUUCUGGCGAGAAGAAGAGCCAUCUAGAGGAACUUUUGACUGUCAAGCGCGCUCUGCGUCGUCCCCGAUCGGCGGAUGAGUUGACAACAAGGCGCAGCUCUGCUCAAAGUCGAGUCAGUGGCAGCUUGGAUCCGAACGCCAGCGAAGUUACUUUCCCUCGACGGGACUCUGAUGAACUCGAGUCACCUGCUAUCUUCCCAUUGAACAGUCUGACGUAUAGGAGCGGCCCCAUACCCGGUCGCGGGUCUUAUCCGGUUUCUGGCGCAGGCUUCUGUGAGGGAGACGUAUUCCUCAAUGGGGAUGGCCUAGAGAAGGUUCUGUCUAAGAUGGACCAGCAGCAUUACUCGCCCUCCAAAAAGGCCGCAUUUCCAUCCUCUUCCCCACCUCUGAGCCCUCAGGAGUGGGUAGAAGCUGCGAGGGGAUCUCGGCCUGAGAAAGACCCUUCUAGCACGCCACGUAAUGGCCCUAUUCCCGCUGAAUCAAGACUAGUUGGCGCACGAGCUCCUAGCCAGUCAUCUUUCCUUGGACGUCGGCACAGUAUCGACUCCACGGUCCGAGACGUCGAUCUACCAUCUAUCCCAACUCUCAAUCUACGUUCACUAGAGCCAGUGGCCCGGCCCGAGCCUGACCUCGACCGCCGGCGAAAACUGAGCUUGAAACCGCUCUUUUUCAGCCGUUCUACCGGACGCCGGAUGAACCACUCCCCAGUUUUAGACAGUGACGACAAGGACGAUGGCGCUCCAGCCCCAACCAUCCGCAAGACCAGACAACUGGCCCCUGCAAAGCCGGGGAAGCUGAACCAACCCCCUGAGGGCCAUGCAUCGAGUCCUGGUGCUGUCGACUUCGCGGCGUCUGCACCAACAUAUGCCGAAGGGAGAGGGGAGGACACGACAUGCAGGACAUUGCCUCAUUCAUUCACCGAGACCAACUUCGCCCCAAGCAUGCCGCGCGCUCACACGUCGAACAACAAAGACCACAAGAGACGGAGUUCACUGGGCAUUUUUGGCUGGAUGAAAGGGGCCAGUGGGCUCGGAUCGCACAACAAGAAACCCGAUGCCGACCCUUUCUUGUCCACCCCGUCUGCUCCUGCCCCUACCAUCAAGGACAGACCCACGCGCGUGGUCCAAGAUAUCCCGACCACCAUCCCUGAAACGAAGGAGACGGACUACGCAGCGAUGAACAUUGCAGUCGAAGACUUUGCCAGACGCACGGCUCCGGAGGGAGAGUCUCCUAGCCGACGACCACGAUACAUGGAACGUCGUCCUCGACGGGCUUGA